AUGGGUGGUCAUCGUGGAUUACGGGGCCUCAUACAAGCUGUCAAUCCAGAAAUUUCUGUAGAUCAUUGCAUCAUUCAUCGGUACUCUCUUGGAUCGAAAAGCCUGCCUGGUAAUCUGAAGUUAGUGUUUGAAGAUGUGUUGAAAAUCGUCAACUUCAUCAAGUCCAGGGAUGUGAAUUCGCGCAUAUUCAAGGAGCUGUGCAAGGAAAUGGGAGAACAGUAUCAAGUUCUGCUUUACCACACCGAUGUUCGCUGGUUGUCACGAGGCAAGGUUGUACAUCGUGUCAUUGAGCUCCGAAAGGCUAUUCAGGAAUUUCUGGAACAAAAAGGAUCUCCUUUUGCUACCAAGUUCACUGAUAAGGAGUGGCUUGCUCGACUUUGUUACUUGGCUGACAUAUUUGCGGAGCUGAACAGUGGUAAUCUGCAACUCCAGGGCCGAAACACGACUGUCAUUGAUGCCCGUCACACUGUGGCUGCAUUUCUGGCGAAACUGAGACUCUGGAUUCGGCGCUUGGAGAAAGGAGUGAUCGCCCAGUUCCCCACCCUAGACCAGUUUAUUGAGGAGAAUAGUCAUGAUACUGGAUCUCUUCUACAGACCAUCAACAAAGAGAUGAGCGACCAUUUGAAGGGGCUUGAAACAAGCAUGCAUCACUACUUUCCAGAGAGUGACCAAGAAACAGCCAGUCUUCAGUGGAUCAUUCAUCCCUUCUCUGUACCUGAUGAGGCCAUUCAUGAUGAUGAUUUCCCUGCAAAGGAGGUGGAUCACAAUGCGAGCCAAUGA